AAAAAAAACCGGAAUCGGAAAGUUUGGCGAGUGCUAAUUCGGAAGUACGGAAUUCGUUGCUAAUUUGGUCGAUAAUAGAGCCCGGCCAUUCCGUUGGUGACAUUUUGUUUGAGAAUGGGAUUUUGAUAGUGAUAUUGAUUGAAAGCAUCGCUGAACAAUUGCAAUUCCGAGCAAAACUGCACGGUGACCGAUCAAGGAUAGAAUCAGCAUUAUAGCUUGACAGCCGCCGUUCGAGGUAGAGGACCCGCAUGAUACGAUCCGGAUCGAUCGAGAACGGUACAUUGUGCGAUUCGUAAACGACACCGUGUAUCUGAUUCCGAGACAAGAUCGAUGGCUUUGGCGGGCUACGAAAACAUAGUGAGAGUAUAGUACUGUGUCACAUAGUGGAAAGACGAUCAUCAAGUCGGGUUGGAUCGGAGCGCGACAUGACUGCGGAAAACGUGAAAAAAGAAGGUGUCGUAAAACCAAACAAUGACGCCAACUUGGGACGCUGCCAGCGUUCCGUCCUAUUCGUCAAAGUGUAUUGGAAAUCAUUGUUUGUUCUGCUCGUGCCAACGGUAGGUGCAUUGCUGUUCGCUGUCGACACCUCGCCCGCCUUCCGAUGUCUCUACGUAGUGAUUGUGAUGUCCAUGCUUUGGGUGACGGAAGCGCUACCGCUGCCAAUCACGUCCAUGUUGCCCAUCGUACUAUUUCCUCUGAUGGGAAUUCUCAGCACCGCCAACGCCUGCACCGUGUACAUGAAAGAACCAGUUAUAAUGUUCAUUGGAGGAAUUGUUCUCGCACUGGCCAUCGAGUAUUGCAAUUUGCAUAAACGGGUUGCACUAAAGGUGAUUGCACUGAUUGGAUGCAGUCAACGGAGAUUGCAUUUCGGGCUGAUCGUUGUCACUAUGUUUAUGUCCAUGUGGAUUUCCAAUACGGCCGCCGUUGCGAUGAUGUGCCCCAUUGUACAAGCUGUACUUGAAGAGCUGGAAUCUCAAGGCUUGUGCCAGAUGUACGAGGGUACUGAUUGUAUAGAGGAAGCAGACGAUGUCGUGAGUAAAGACAAAUCGAAAGAUGAACGCAAAAAACCUUCACAAACGACGCUUUGUUACUUCUUAGGCACAGCUUAUGCAUCAAGCAUCGGUGGAUGUGGUACAAUCGUUGGAUCCGGAACGAAUCUUACCUUCAAAGGACUCUAUGAAAAUCGUUUCCCGCAUGCACCGGGGAUCGAUUUCCCGAGUUUCAUGUUUUUCAACGUACCGUUGAUGCUGCUGAACGUAGUGCUCGUAUGGAUUUAUCUCCAGUGGCACUUCAUGGGAUUGUUCCGACCAAAUAGUGAACAAGCGAAGCAGUCCGAGAUUGGUAGAGAAGGGGAAGCCGUGGCCAAGAGGGUUAUUGAAUCUCGCUACAAAGAGAUGGGACCAAUGACGUCACACGAGAUAAGCGUCGCCUGUUUGUUUAUUCUGUCGAUUGUCCUGUUUUUCACCCGAAGUCCUGGGUUCAUCAGUGGGUGGUCGGAUAUUUUCCCUGGAGUCAAAAUCAAGGAUGGUACACCGGCCAUAUUGAUUGUCAUUGCUCUCUUUGUAAUACCAGCCGAUUGGCGGUGGUUGAACUACUUCGGGAAGAAUUCAGGGGCACUUCCCAAGGAACCAUCUCAAGCGCUUAUCACGUGGAAAUAUGUAAACCAGAAAGUUCAUUGGAGUCUUAUAUUUCUACUCGGAGGAGGAUUCGCGCUGGCCGAAGCCGGCCAAGUAUCCGGUAUGUCAGCUCUUUUGGGAAAAUCUCUGUCCGGCCUACAGAGUCUUCCACCGUUGGCCCUGCUUUUCGUUGUAUGCCUAGCAGCCCAAAUUCUAACCGAAUUUACGUCCAAUGUUGCCAUAUGUAACAUAUUGCUUCCUGUGUUGGCUGAAAUGGCACUCGUCAUCAAAACGCACCCCCUGUACCUGAUGCUCCCAGCUGCGAUGUCCUGCAGUUAUGCUUUCCACAUGCCCGUGGGUACACCUCCGAAUGCAAUCGUGGCCGGAGUUGGCCGGAUUGCCACCAAAGACAUGGCACUUGCCGGAAUCGGUCCAACCCUAAUCACACUGGUUGUGAUGUGGCUCGGUUUCCCCACAUGGGGCUCUAUUGUUUAUCCGGAGGUCAAUACGUUUCCGGAUUGGGCUGCACAGGAUGCAGUCAAUUCGUCAAUUCAUCACUGAAGGGAAAUUAUUGUUUAUAGUUUUAGGCAUUUAUACAAAUCAUUUUAAUAAAUUAUUUCAUUGCGUUAAA